AUGGCACCUUUCCCCGCCGCGGGUCCCCGCCAUCACUUUUUCCUUAAAGUGCGCGCGGUCAAUUUUCGUCUCCCCACCUUCUCUCCGCGGUCUCCUCUCUCCUUUAAGCACUUUUCCUCCGCACGAGGGGUUAGACGAUCAAUUGUACGGUUGUCUGCUCCGUCUCCACCGAGUGGUUUUUUAAUCUCGCCGGCCGCCGCUUCUCAUCGCACCCUUGGCAGCUCCGCAAUCAUGGCGUCCAAGAUCGAUGGCACCGCAAUUGCCAAGAGCAUCCGCGAAGGUCUUAAGGCUGAGAUUGAGAAGACUCAGGAGUCCAACCCCAGAUUCAAGCCUAACCUGGUCAUCUUCCAGGUUGGCAAUCGGUCCGAUUCCAGUACCUAUGUGCGCAUGAAGCUGAAGGCCGCCCAGGAGGCAAACAUCAUCUGCACUUUGAACAACAUCUCCGAGUCGAGCACGGAGUCGGAGCUGCUCCAGGAGAUCAUCAAGGCCAACAAUGACCCCGCCGUGCACGGUAUUUUGGUCCAAUUGCCCCUCCCUAGCCACAUGUCGGAGCACACCAUCACCUCGGCGGUCUCAGAUGAGAAGGAUGUCGAUGGAUUCGGCGCAAUUAACAUUGGUGAGCUCGCCAAGCGUGGCGGCCGCCCGCUCUUCAUUCCAUGCACCCCGCUUGCUGUGAUGGAGCUGCUGAAGGCUAGCGGUGUCGACCCUGCCGGCAAGGAGGCUGUUGUUCUUGGUCGCAGCGACAUUGUCGGUAGUCCCGUCAGCUACCUGCUGAAGAAUGCCGAUGCCACCGUCACCGUGUGCCACUCCAAGACCCCCGAUAUCGCGCGCAUCGUGAAGAGCGCCGACAUCGUUGUCGCUGCCAUUGGAAAGACUGAGAUGGUUGUGGGCGACUGGCUGAAGCCCGGUGCUGUCGUCAUUGACGUCGGUAUCAACUACAAGCCCGAUGAGACCAAGAAGUCUGGACAGCGUCUCGUCGGCGAUGUCGAGUUCGAGUCGGCCUCCCGGGUGGCUUCGCAGAUCACCCCGGUUCCCGGCGGUGUUGGCCCUAUGACCGUGGCCAUGCUGCUGAAGAACGUGGUUCACUCCGCUAAGACAUACUUCGAAAAGCAGAAGGACCGCCGCAUCACUCCGCUUCCCAUUCGAUUGGAGAGCCCUGUCCCUUCUGACAUCGCGAUCUCCCGAGCUCAGUACCCCAAGGCCAUUACCAAGAUUGCCUCAGAGGUUGGCAUUGCCUACCACGAGCUGGAGCCCUACGGCCACACCAAGGCCAAGGUCAGCCUCGAUGUUCUGGACCGCCUCGCCCACCGCCGCAACGGACGCUAUGUGCUGGUCUGCGGCAUUACACCUACUCCUCUUGGCGAGGGCAAAUCGACUACAACUCUGGGUCUUACUCAGGCCCUCGGUGCCCACCUGAACCGUGUCACCUUUGCCAACGUCCGCCAGCCUAGCCAGGGCCCGACCUUCGGCAUCAAGGGCGGAGCCGCUGGUGGUGGCUACAGUCAGGUUAUUCCUAUGGACGAGUUCAACCUGCACUUAACCGGUGACAUUCACGCCAUCACUGCCGCCAACAACCUUCUCGCUGCGGCCAUUGAGACCCGUAUGUUCCACGAGUCUACACAAAAGGACGGCGCUCUCUACAAGCGUUUGGUGCCCGCCAAGAAUGGCAAGCGCGAGUUUAAGCCUGUCAUGUUCCGCCGCCUGGAGAAGCUUGGUAUCCAGAAGACCAACCCCGAUGAACUGACCGAGGACGAACUCCGCCGGUUCGCCCGCCUAGACAUUGACCCGGAGACGAUUACCUGGCGUCGCGUGCUGGAUGUCAACGACCGUCACCUGCGCGGUAUCACCGUUGGCCAGGCCCCUACCGAGAAGGGUCUUUCCCGCGAGACCGGCUUCGAUAUCUCUGUUGCCAGUGAAUGUAUGGCUAUUCUCGCCCUGAGCAACAACCUAGCGGACAUGCGCGAGCGCCUCGGUCGCAUGGUCGUGGCCACCUCCAAGAACGGCGACCCCGUUACCUGUGACGACAUCGGUGCCGGUGGCGCCCUUGCUGCCCUCAUGAAGGAUGCUAUCAAGCCCAACCUGAUGCAGAGCUUGGAAGGAACUCCCGUUCUGGUUCACGCCGGCCCUUUCGCCAACAUCAGUAUCGGAGCUAGCUCGGUUAUUGCCGAUAAGCUGGCUCUGAAGCUGGCCGGUACCGAGCCAGAUGAGGACCACGACGCCCAGACCGGUUUCGUGGUCACUGAGGCUGGCUUCGACUUCACCAUGGGUGGUGAGCGUUUCUUCAACAUCAAGUGCCGAUCAUCGGGACUAUCUCCCGAUACCGUUGUCAUUGUGGCUACGGUCCGUGCGCUGAAGGUGCACGGCGGCGGUCCCGAGAUCACCCCCGGAGGCGCUCUGCACGAGGUCUACCGCACCGAGAACGUGGAGAUCCUCCGCAAGGGAUGUGUCAACCUGCGCAAGCACAUCGCCAAUGCCAAGCAGUACGGCAUCCCGGUUGUCGUCGCGAUUAACAAGUUCGAGACUGACACCGAGGCUGAGAUCAAUGUCAUCAAGGAAGAGGCCAUUGCUGCUGGUGCCGAGGACGCCGUCCCGGCGAACCACUGGGCUGAGGGUGGAGCCGGCGCCAUUGACCUGGCCAAGGCCGUUCUGGCUGCCAGCUCCAAGCCCAAGAACUUCCAGUUGCUGUACGACCUGAACGGCAGCAUCCAGGAGCGCAUUGAGCGCAUCGGCAAGUCCAUGUACGGUGCCGACAAAGUCGAGUUCAGCGAGCUGGCCCAGAAGAAGGUGGACACCUACACCAAGCAGGGCUUCGCCAACCUGCCGAUCUGUAUCGCCAAGACACAAUACUCGCUCAGUCACGACCCGGCCCUGAAGGGAGCCCCGACCGGCUUCACCGUGCCCAUCCGGGACGUCAGAUUGGCCGUUGGCGCAGGGUAUCUUUACGCCCUGGCGGCCGACAUCCAGACGAUCCCCGGACUGCCCACGGCACCGGGCUAUCUUAAUGUGGACAUCGAUCCCGAGACCGGGGAAAUCGACGGACUGUUCUAGACGGUACUUUUUGUCCGAUUUAGGUUGGAUGGAUUGGAGCUUGUAUAUACACCCAUCGGUUAUUGCCCGUGGUCUUCAACACAUACAGUACCAGG